AUGGCCGCCAUCAACAAUACUCUGCCACUCCUGCCUGGAUGGUUUAUUUAUUUAUUCUACGCCGCGCGAGUUCAAGGCAGCAGCGGCAUCCCGACAAUUCAUUUUGCAACCGGAUUAAACAAACCGAAGGCUGGCACGUCGCUGAUCGAGGGGCUUCCGACUGAGAUCCUUCUUCGCAUUGUCGAUAACUGCACUUGGGAGACAACAUCCUCUGGACGCGCCCCCAAAACGAUUGUGCCUCACAGAACAUCCCAUUCCAGACUGUGUCGCACCAGCCGCCAUCUGCACGAGACACUCAAUCGCGAGCUCUACGUGCGGAACCUGAAGCACGACAAACCAGGUGCUUCGUGCGUACUGUGGGCUGCCCGUGUCGGGAGGCUCGAAACAGUGAUCAGAGCCCGUCAAUACGGGGUAGAUCUGGACACUGGGCUGAUUGCAUUCAGCCAGAAUAGCCAGCAGGAAGAUUUGAGCAAUUACGAACCUCCAUUCCUUCGUGCUAGCCGCCACCACCAGGCAAAUAUCAUCGAAUACCUACUGAGGAACGGGGUCAACAGUCAUGUGGAUCGUGAUGGUAAAAACGCCCUUCAUCUUGCCUGCAUUGGUGUGUGGAAGGAAAACCAGAAUACGCUGCGCGUCGUGCAACGUCUCAUCGCCGCCGGGGGCUCCGUUCAGGAAUUGAAUACCAACGGCCGCUCACCCCUGGGACAUGUGUUGAAGCACCAGAACUGGUCAACAGCUCUGAUGUAUGUGAGGGCUGGCGGGAACUUGGCCCACUGGAGAGCAGCGCCUCCCAAUGAUGAUGUGCUGAGGCCUUCUCUAACGAUACUUCAUGCGUGCCUGGUGCAAAAGAAACAGCGUCCUUCGGAGAGGACACUGAGCCUUCAGAGAGAGUUCAUUGCUGAGCUCCUUGACCGUGGAGUAGAUGUCAAUAGCGACCGCUACACUAUCCCACAAGGCACGGAAAUCCUCAUCGGAGCACCGCCAUUGUUUUAUGCGGCCGCAUUUUCUGACAAUCCUGCCUGUACAAGUCUCCUUCUCGAGCGUGGCGCUACAAUCCCGGACAGGGUCAUGAGAUGCAAUCGACCCGAGGGGGCUGAUCAGUGGCAUGCGACACUCUACCUUGAGGAACCGCGCGGCUGGUACACUCUGUUAUCUGCCCUCUUCUUCAGCGAAUGGGGUGAUCAGUACCGCAGGGUCAGCGACAUGUCGCGUGUGAGCGAGCAGGUCAAGAUCCUUCUCCGGCAUGGUGCCUGGCUCGGCUAUGUGCCUGGUCAGGAUGCAAAUCCACGAAUGUCGGCGCUGGAAUAUGCGUGCAUAGCCGCCGGUCAGGGCAUAGAGACCUGCUUGUUGGAUUUCUUGUUGGAGAAUGCGACAGAUGCUAACAUCGACCGAGCGCAUAUCGAUGAGAUUCUUAGUCGCGAGAACAGGAGCAAGCACAUGUCUGUUACCAAGAGACACCAUCGGUCUCCAAAGCCAGUUGCAUGCCCUCGGUUUGAUGAUGUGGUGGCCUCAAAGCUUCGAGAAUUCAGGCAGAGACUCUUUUCAGAGUGA